AUGAUGUGGAAGGCUUCAGUUGUUGUGGCCAUGGCCCUUCCCCUGGCGUCUGCCGCCUUGGCGGAUUUCGCACUUCAGACAGUACUUGACAAUGCCACUCCAAUAUUUGGAUCAUACGAAAAAAUCACAGGGGGAAAAGCGGAAUGGAUGAAGAGCUAUCCCGAUGAAACUUUGCUCGUUCAUAUGAAUAUCCCCGGCACUCAUGACAGCGCCACGUGGAAUUACACCCAGGCGACGCAAGAUGCCCUGCGGGGCAUCACAGAUCUCAACCAGGUCGUUGUUCCGGAGCCAGAGGCAUUGCGGUGCCAAGACUCACCUUUGAUCGAUAUGCUCAACAUGGGAAUCCGGGCAUUUGACCUGCGGUAUGCUUUUGAUCCGACAAACUCCACCCUCAUCUUCUACCAUUCAGAGGCCCUGCUCUCGCAGACAGCAACAGUCAAUGAUGUGCUAUUUGGCUUUUAUCAGUGGCUGGAUGAUCACCCCUCGGAGACCAUUUUCCUUUCAUUCCAGUACCAGAGCUCGACGGCUCUGUACGCCUCCAACAACGCGGCCGUGCAGCUGCAGCUCUACAAUAUUCUCACCACCGCCGCCGCGCGCCAUUAUUUCAUGCAAACAAAAGACGAACUAGGCACCCUGGGUGACUCGCGUGGCAAGAUAACUCUCAUGCGCCGUUUUGACCUGGACAAGCUUCCGGAUUCUUACACGGCCGCACUUCCCGGCCUGCACUUCUCGCCCAGUCUCUGGACCGAUAACGGCCCAGCUAUCACCCUCGAAUACAACACGGCCAAGAGCUUGAGCGCCUACAUAGAAGACUACUACCAGCCGCUCACGCCGACAGGGUCCAGUGCGCUCGAGAACAUCAGGUGGAAAUACAACGCCACAUUGGAAAACAUCCGCAAAGCUACUAGCCAGCACCCGGACAGUCUCUUCUGGACCUGGGCGUCUAGUAAUAACAUUGAAAACAACCCUCCCGAUUGGCCUCGGAUCAUGGCACUUGGGAAUGGCACUGACUAUACACCGGCUGGGGGGAUUAACCAGCAGCUAGUGCCUUUCCUGAAAAGCCAGAAAGGCAAGCGAGUGGGGAUCGUGAUGUUUGAUUUCUUUGAGCAGCCCUCCGACCUGAUCGAUACGUUUUUAAAUUUGGGAAAUACAAAAACGAGAGACAUGUUGGCCUGA